GACCGCUGCGGCUCGUGGAGAAGCCGUCCUCAGAAACCCUAAAAUUCGUGUUUUGUAUCUGUGUUUUUCGUUAGCUGUUUGCCUUUUGAUUUCAUUGCGGAAAUGGCUGAUUCUCAUCGCAAAAGGUACUCUCGAUCUCCUUCCCCCUGGAGAGCUCCUUCAAGGUCAAGAUCGAGGCCCAGGUCUAGAUCCAGAUCAUGGUCAAGGCCAAGGUCUCAAAGUCGUGGAAGAUCAAGGUCGAGAAGUCGUGGGAGGGAGAAUGCCCUUAACCCUGGGAAUACGCUUUAUGUCACCGGUCUAUCUGCGAGGGUCACUGAAAGAGACCUUGAAGAACACUUUUCCAAGGAGGGCAAGGUAGCUUCUUGUUUCCUUGUGGUUGAACCACGAACACGAAUUUCCCGGGGUUUUGCAUUUGUCCAGAUGGACAAUGUUGAUGAUGCUAAUCGGUAUGUUAAGCAUCUCAACCAGUCAAUUCUAGAAGGUCGAUAUAUAACUGUGGAGAAGUCACGGAGGAAACGGCCAAGAACUCCAACGCCUGGACACUAUUUGGGGUUGAAAAACACCAGAGACUCUGGCUACCGUGAUGAUCGAGGAAGGUACCGUGGUGGCUCUCUUCGUGAUGACUAUGGGUAUCGUCGGUCUCCAAGACGCUCACCAUAUCGGGGUCCUCGAGAGUACUCCCCUCGACAUUCCCCCCUUUAUGGUGGAAGAUCAAGGAGGGAUCACUCCAGGUCGCCUCCUUACUCCCCGUACGGCAGCCCGGAUAGGAGGUAUCCUCGUGGCUCCAGGUGAGGCAUCUUUUAAUGUACCUUUUUUUUUGUGCUGUUAAAGACGACUGUGGUUGGUUUGUUUUAAGUGUAGUCGAAAAUUUGUUUGUACCUCGUAGUUUCAAGCAGUCCAUCUGGCUGAUGGACUGAAUUGAAGAAAAUAGGACGUCGUUAAUUAGUAACUACGA